AUGGCCUGGACCAAGUACCAGCUGUUCCUGGCCGGGCUCAUGCUCGUCACCGGCUCCAUCAACACGCUCUCGGCCAAGUGGGCUGACAACUUCGUGGCCCAGGGCUGUGGAGGAAGCAAGGAGCACAGCUUCCAGCACCCCUUCCUCCAGGCGGUGGGCAUGUUCCUGGGGGAGUUCUCCUGCUUGGCUGCCUUCUACCUGCUCCGGUGCAGAGCCGCGAGGUACUCAGAUGCCAGCAUGGAUCCCCAGCAGCCCUUCAACCCCCUUCUUUUCCUGGCCCCAGCCCUUUGCGACAUGACCGGGACCAGCAUCAUGUAUGUGGCCCUGAACAUGACCAGCGCCUCCAGCUUCCAGAUGCUGCGGGGAGCAGUGAUCAUAUUCACAGGCCUGUUCUCAGUGGCCUUCCUGGGGCGGAGGCUGGUGCUGAGCCAGUGGCUGGGCAUCCUCGCCACCAUCGCGGGGCUGGUGGUCGUGGGCCUGGCCGACCUCCUGAGCAAGCACGACGAUCAGCACAAGCUCAGCGAAGUGAUCACAGGGGACCUGCUGAUCAUCAUGGCCCAGAUCAUCGUCUCCAUCCAGAUGGUGCUCGAGGAGAAGUUCGUCUACAAGCACAAUGUGCACCCUCUGCGGGCAGUUGGCACGGAGGGCCUCUUUGGCUUCGUGAUCCUGUCCCUGCUGCUGGUGCCCAUGUACUACAUCCCUGCCGGCUCCUUUAGCGGAAACCCUCGAGGGAUGCUGGAGGACGCCCUGGACGCCUUCUGCCAGGUGGGCCGGCAGCCGCUCAUCGCCCUGGCGCUGCUGGGCAACAUCAGCAGCAUCGCCUUCUUCAACUUUGCGGGCAUCAGCGUCACCAAGGAGAUGAGUGCCACCACCCGCAUGGUGCUGGACAGCCUGCGGACCGUCGUCAUCUGGGCAGUGAGCCUGGCGCUGGGCUGGGAGGCCUUCCACCCGCUGCAGAUCCUCGGCUUCCUCAUCCUCCUGAUGGGCACUGCCCUCUACAAUGGGCUGCACCGCCCGCUGCUGGCCCGCCUGUCCCGCAGCCAGUCCCCAGCAGAGGAGGGCGAGCGGGAGCGCCUGCUGGAUCCCUCUCGGACUCUCAUCAACGAUGCCAGCUGAGCUCCUGCGGGCCUGGUGCCACCUGGAUGCACCUUGUUCACCCUGAGGCUGAGGCCGCACAGGCUUGUGAGCCUCAAGCUCCCUGUCCCCAAGGCCUCGCCCUGUCCCUCCCCACAGUCUCCCAGGACAGGCCCCCAGGCCACAGAAGACCACAGGACACCCAGGUCCUCCUUUGUCACCACGUCCUCCAGGCCUGAAUGCAGUGACCACGCCAAGCUCACCCAGGCCCCCAGAGCAGCACUGACACGAAACCACGCAGUGGAAUUGCAGGACUAACACCCCGAGGGUUUUCUCAUCAAGCUAAAAUUACUCUCCAGAGAAGAGAGGUCAGUGAGCAAAUUCAAAGCAGAACAAAGUGCCCCGUUUUUUGUUGUUGUUGUUUUUUGUUUUUGUUUUUUAAAUUAAAUCUUUAUUGUUCAGAU